GGAAAAGGCAGAAGGAGAUAACGUGGAUGAGAUCGUGAGCGUUGGUUUUAUAUCUAACGGCUGGGAAUAGUUAACCAGUCAAAGCGAUGCUUAGCCGUUGAUUGACGACACGUGUCGGUAAGAGAUCUCCGGUAUGACAGAGAGUUGAAACCAAGAGAUUACCUGGAAACGCCGGUGGCCAACAAAAUACCAAACGAGACAACAAAGCUUCUUCUUCUUCUUCGUCUUCUCCUCCUCUCUAUCUUUCUCUCUCAGAGAUUGCCUUUCGUCAAUUAUCUUCUUCUUCUUCAAAGCUGUAACUUUUUAUUUUCUGGGUUAUUUCUUCAGAUAAUCUCUGAGCGUUUGUCUUUGGUAAUUUUCUCAAUUUCUGAACGAUCUCGAGAUUUCGCUUCUCAUUAGUCUAACAGCUGAAUUCGUCUGGAUUUAAGAGAAUCUGUGAGGUGGGUUUUGUUGAAUUAAGCUUCUGAUCUAGUGGGAACAAGAUAAAUCGUUGGAAACACACACACACACAAAGAGUAUUUGUAUGAUUGGUAUGGAGUUUUCACCUUUGAUAACGGUUCUAGAGGGAGAUUUCAACAUGGACAAUGCUUCUUCAACAGAUACUGAUACUUUAGAUGAUGACACUAAGCUAAUGAGUAGUAAAGGAAAACCUCCGAGGCACCUAUCCACUACUAGUAGUAGGCUGCAGGUUGCAGUCACUGCGGAUUUGGAUGUUUGUAAGUCACCUGAUGAAAGAUCAGAUUUUUUACCUGUAUACCGAUCAGGAAGCUGUGCUGAGCAAGGGGCAAAACAGUUCAUGGAAGAUGAACAUAUUUGCAUCGAUGAUCUUGUUGACCAUCUUGGUGCAUCUCUUGAUUCCUCAUCUCUUUCAGCCUUCUAUGGGGUAUUUGACGGCCACGGUGGCACAGAUGCAGCACUGUUUGUUAGAAAGAACAUUCUGAGAUUCAUUGUAGAGGACACUUACUUCCCUCUAUGUGUUAAAAAGGCAAUAAAGAAUGCUUUCUUGAAAGCUGAUUACCAAUUUGCAGAUGAUUCUUCUCUUGACAUCUCUUCUGGGACCACUGCUCUUGCAGCUUUAAUUUUUGGAAGGAGGUUGAUCAUUGCAAACGCUGGUGAUUGCCGAGCAGUACUUGGUAGAAGAGGCAGAGCAAUAGAGCUAUCCAAAGAUCACAAACCAAACUGCAUCACCGAGAAAACAAGAAUAGAGAACUUAGGUGGAGUCGUGUACGAUGGCUACCUCAACGGGCAACUCUCAGUCGCACGUGCCAUAGGAGACUGGCACAUGAAAGGCCCCAGAGGCUCUGCUUGUCCUCUAACCCCAGAGCCAGAGUUGCAAGAGACGGACCUGAGUGAAGACGACGAGUUCUUGAUAAUGGGAUGCGACGGUCUGUGGGAUGUGAUGAGCAGCCAGUGCGCGGUGACGAUCGCUAGGAAGGCGCUGAUGAUUCAUAAUGAUCCGGAGAGAUGCUCUAGAGAGCUUGUUAGGGAGGCUCUUAAACGGAACACGUGUGAUAAUUUGACAGUGAUUGUUGUGUGCUUCUCUCAGGAUCCUCCGCAGAGGAUAGAGGUACGAGUGCAGUCACGGGUGAGGCGGAGCAUAUCUGCGGAAGGGUUGAAUCUACUUAAAGGCGUGCUUGAUGGUUACCCUUAGAGUAUGUUCGUUGUUGUUCUAUGUUUACUUUGUGAGGCUAUUGCCAUGUUAGAGAGUGUUACAGGUUGACCAUGUUGUGUAUCUGAAUAUGUUGUUGUUUUACCUAUAUUAGUAUUCAAGAUUCAUUGAGAUUUUAGAUGGAUGUAUGUACUACUAUUUUGUAAAUAUUUUAGUUUUUUAAAAUAUAUAAGACUUUCUUCUUCA